GGGUUUUUAAUGGUAAUAUUAAACGAUAUUCGCCAAGCUGUGAACGUUAUUAUUGUAUUUUUAGUGGAGUAGGAGCAUAUGAAAUAUUAGGUCAAAUCUUUGGAGAUCCAAACUGGGGCGUACGUGAAUAUAAAAAUCAACAACAAACCUGGGUACUUUUAGUAUCUCAAGAUACCGAUACAAAUCAACCCAAAAUGGACAUUCGAUGGGGACGUAAGCAAAUAAAAGAUGAU